UCGGGAUCAAUGAUUAGUCCUUCUAUAACUUAUGUUUGCAUCUCUCUGUUUAUUGUGUAGGACACGAAACAGUAGAUUGACAUGUAAUGUAACUUGCAACACAAACUGUUGCACCGGAGAACAAUAUAAUUGUGAGGGAGAGUGCGCCCACUGUGCAGCAGUCCGGAGAUGGAGCUAUUCGUGAAACAAUGUAACUAGCAAGUGUCCGAUUGGAUUGGAAUUGUAGACGUCACGCGCGAGUUUGCAGCAAUUUCAGCCAGCGAUAGUAAAAGUUUACAAUUUCGAUGGUUCAUUGGAUUUGACCGGUGAAUUCUAACCGGGACAAAUGAUUGGUGUGUCUGUAUGAAAUGCCUGUCAGUCAGUGAUGCAACCAAUUGAAAUUAGGAGCAUUUGCCGGAGACGGAACACUGACAAGGAGAGGAGGGAGAUAAAGAAAGAGCGAGUCGUACAAGAUCAUCAACUUCGCCCCCACUCUGCUCCAGAUCAUUGUGUCUGAACAGGUGGAGUUCCCUGUUCGCCAAGCAGCGGCCAUCUACUUAAAGAACAUGGUGAGCCAGUACUGGCAGGACCGCGAGCCCUCUCUAGGGGAGGUGGUGUUCCCCUUCAACAUCCACGAGAACGACCGCACUCAGAUCAGAGACAACAUCGUGGAGGGCAUCAUCCAGUGUCCCGAGUCCAUCCGGGCCCAGUUGACAGUGUGUUUGCGAGCCAUCAUAAAGCAUGACUUCCCUGGGCGCUGGACGGCCAUAGUGGAUAAGAUCGGCCUGUAUCUGCAGUCUCAGAACAGUGGCAGCUGGUACGGCAGCCUGCUGGCCCUCUACCAGCUUGUCAAGACCUACGAGUAUAAGAAGGCGGAGGAGAGGGAUCCGCUGCUAGCAGCCAUGCAGAUCUUCCUGCCCCGUAUACAGCAGCUCGUCACCCAGCUACUGCCUGACGGCACCAUCUUCUCUGUCCUCAUACAGAAACAGAUCCUCAAGAUCUUCCACGCACUCGUACAGUACUCCCUGCCUCUCCAGCUGAUUAAUAACACAGUCAUUACCCAGUGGAUGGAGCUCCUCAGAGCUGUUAUGGACAGAGAUGUCCCCCCAGAGACGUUGGAAGUGGAUGAGGAUGACCGUCCUGACUUGGUGUGGUGGAAGAGUAAGAAGUGGGCCCUAUACAUCAUCACCAGACUGUUCGAGAGGUACGGAAGCCCAGGCAACGUGACAAAGGAGUACUUUGAGUUUGCAGACUUUUUCUUGAAGACGUACGCUGUAGGGAUCCAACAGGUCCUGUUGAAGGUGCUGGACCAACACCGACAGAAGCAGUAUGUCACGCCUCACGUCCUCCAGAAGUCUCUUAACUACCUGAACCAGGGCCUGUCUCACUCCCUCACCUGGAAACACAUGAAGCCACACAUGCAGACCAUCAGCCAAGAGGUGAUCUUCCCUCUAAUGUGUUACAAAGACGAGGAUGAGAAACUGUGGCAGGAGGAUCCAUACGAGUACAUCCGCAUGAAAUUCAAUGUGUAUGAUGACCAUGCCCUCCCUGCCACCGCCGCCCAGAGCCUCCUGUGUAAAGCAGCCCGCAAGAGGAAGGAGGUUCUUCCCCAGAUGAUGGAGUUCUGCCACCAGAUCAUGAUGGAGCCCUCUGCUGACCCCCGCAGGAAGGAUGGGGCGCUGCAUGUCAUCGGCUCACUAGCCGAACUCCUACUGAAGAAGAGGGUGUACAGGGAGCAGAUGGAGCUGAUGUUACAGAAUUACGUUUUCCCUCUACUCAACUCCCCUCUGGGAUACCUCCGGGCCAGGUCGUGCUGGGUGCUGCAUUCGUUCAGCCCGCUGCGUUUCCAUAACGAGUUGGUCCUGAGGAAUGCGGUGGAGCUGGUCAAACAGGGCCUCAUAGCAGACAAGGAGAUGCCCGUCAAGGUGGAGGCUGCUAUCGCCUUGCAGACACUGGUCAGCAACCAGGAGCAAGCUAAGGUCUACAUCAGGCCCUACAUCCGGCCUGUCAUGCAGGAGCUGCUCCACGUCAUCAAGGAGACGGAGAACGAUGACCUCACUAAUGUCAUUCAGAAGAUGAUCUGCGAGUACAACCAGGAAGUGGCUGUCAUCGCCGUCGACAUGACCCAGAACCUGGCUGAGAUCUUCACCAAGGUGCUACAGAGUGAAGAGUAUGAGGAGAGUGAAGACAAGACGGUGAUGGCUCUGGGGAUCCUCAGCACCAUAGACACCAUACUCACUGUUAUGGAGGACCACAAGGAGAUCACUCAGCAGUUGGAGGGCAUCUGUUUACAGGUGAUAGGCCUGGUGCUGCAGAAGCCCAUCAUAGGUAUGGCAGAGUUCUACGAGGAGAUUCUGUCCCUGGGGUUUGGGUUGACCUGCCAGACCAUCUCCCCUCAGAUGUGGCAGCUACUGGCGGUGCUCUACGAGGUCUUCCAGAACGACUGCUUUGACUACUUCACGGAUAUGAUGCCUCUUUUGCACAACUACGUUACCGUGGAUACAGACAUGCUCCUGUCCAACCCCAAAUAUUUAGAGGUCAUAUACAACAUGUGCAAAAAGGUGCUGACCAGUGAUGCAGGUGAGGAUGCAGAGUGUCACGCUGCUAAGCUGCUAGAGGUCAUCGUGCUCCAGUGUCGGGGGAGGGGCAUUGACCAGUGUAUCCCGUUGUUCGUGGAGGCUGUGUUGGAGAGGCUAACCAGAGGUGUGAAGUCCAGUGAGCUGAGGACCAUGUGUCUGCAGGUGGCCAUCGCUGCUCUCUACUACAACCCAGCCCUGCUCAUCCACACGCUGGACAACAUGCACUUCCCCCACACCCCACAGCCCAUCACCGCUCACUUCAUCAACCAGUGGAUGAAUGACACUGAGUUCUUCCUGGGGCUCCAUGACCGUAAGAUGUGUAUCAUCGGACUGAGUGUUCUGAUGGAGCUACCCUCCAGGCCAGUGGUGGUAGACGGGAUAGCGGCUCAGAUUGUCCCCAGCGUCCUGCUCCUCUUCCUGGGGCUCAAACACCUUUACUCCUCCCGCCUCAACAAGCCAGAUCUUCUGGCCUGUCCUGGGUUACCGGAGGAAGACCAGAACGAGGAGAUCCCUAGUGAUGAGGACGAGGUGAAUGAGAACUGUAACGCCAUGAUGCAACAGCAGACUAGCACACGCGUAGGCCACGAGGACGAUGAGGAGGAGGAGGAUGAUGAAGACUACUGGGAUGAAGAGGGGCUGGAGAGGACACCCCUGGAGGAGUACAACACACCUCUGGACUAUGACAAUGGGGAGGACGAGUACCAGUUCUUCACCGCUGCCCUACUCAGGGUCCAGAACACUGACCAGCCUUGGUACCAGUCUCUGACCACGCCCCUCAGUGAUGACCAGAAGAAACAGCUGCAGGAGAUCUACAGCCUGUCCCAGCAGAGGAGGAGCACCGCCGCCAAGGGCCAAUGGUGAGGCAGAAGAGAGAGCUGUAAGAGACAUGGCUGGAGGCCUGGAUGGAAGGAGGAGUAGCAGCAGAGUUCUGGCCUGAUCUGAAGUGGAUUUAAAACACAUCAAGAACUGUUUCAGACCAGAUCUAUGUAGACUUUACUGAUCCCACCAAGACCGGGCCAUCUAGAACCCGUAACUGAACUCGGUGGAGACCCACCAGAGACCAUAACACCAGGACUUUACACUACACACUUUACGGUUCACAUCUCAGACCGUAAUUGGACCACACCCACCCCAGUGAGAGAGAGAGAGAGUGUGUGUGAGAUUGAUGUCCUGCUCUGUAUCACUGACCAGCGAAUUCAUCUUCUAGUACAGUACAGUCCUUGGGUCUGUGAUUCUGUAACUGUGUGAAUGUAAGUAUUGUACACAAAAUCUAUAGCCUGACUUUUGUUUGGUCUCGAGAGGACUGGGCAGAUGUCCUUGGUUGCCAUGGCAUCAAUCAGAACCAUGUGUCAGUUAGUCUGAACCAAAGCUGUGGUGCUAAUGGACGGACAGACAGGCAUGUUGGGGUGAAGGGUUAGGGGUCAGUGACCUUUAACCCACGGGGGGGGUUCCUUUCACACUGAUGGAUUGUAAUAGGGGGCAAGAUGCUGGGAGGAGAGUGUUUGUUUGUCUUUGUUUUAUAUAACUGUUUUCAUUUAACUUAAGAAAAUCAUAAAUGUUAUGUAACAUCUAGCCGUGUGUGUGUGUGUGUGUGUGUGUGUGUGUGUGUGUGUGUGUGUGUGUGUGUGUGUGUGUGUGUGUGUGUGUGUGUGUGUGUGUGUGUGGCAAAGAUUUUAUAUUGAUUUCACAUAGAGGAUAUUGCGGCCGCUGAAACGUUCCGUCUUUGUACGUCUCUCCCUGCUCUGUUGAAUCAAUACUAGGUCAGAGUUCACUGCUGCGAUCAACCCUCAUUUAUAAAACAUCCAGCUCAGUAGCACACAGAUGGAUUGAACAACUACUGUAACAUGUAGGUGAACAGUGUCAGCAGGAGUAAAUAUGUUUUCAUAACAUCAUUUGCAGGCUUUUCUCUCGGGGCCCAUGUUCAAAUACUUCAAAAUGGAUUCCUCCCAUCCUCCAUGGUUCUGACACAAGACAGAGGGCAUAACAUGGUGGAAUCUGGCUUUCACCAGUCUACCAACUAUCUGGACUUGGGUAUCAAAUUCAAAUCACAGCUGGGAGUCUCUCUAUGCCCGGCAGUAAUUUUUCUCAUGUCCCCAGCUGUCGAGAAAGGAGCCAACUGUGAAAGGAGUUUCAUCUGGAAUGUUAGAGAUGUCCAAAUACCACAGGGCUUCUUUCUGCAUUUUAUAGUCAGUAUUUGAUUCUCUAGUGGAGUCAGAGGGCUCUGCUUGCAGGGUUGGGAGUCAGAUCCUGAUGUUUCAUAUGGGACGCUUGGAUGGGUUUUGGUGCGGCAACGGCGUUCUUGCUCUCCCUCUCUCUCUCCCUGUGUUAGUAUUCUGUGUGUGUUCGGCUGCAGUUUGUAUGUUCUAGCCCACUGCAUUUUCGACUGAAGACUGUGUGUGUGCAGGACAGUAAGGAGCAGCCAAGCGUUGAAGAGCUGUCGAACUCUGCGGGCAGUGAAACCAACAUAGGGUGUGUGUUAUGUUGUUGACUAGUGUCUGGAGUUGUUUCUCUCCAGAAAAUGUUCUGUUGCAAUCUGCCUCUGCACUUAAGCACCGCAGUGAAUUAUGUUCUCCAACAAACACCCUCCCUCUCUCUUCAUUUCUAUUGGUCGGUAUGAUUGUUUUAUGUAGGUGAUGUUGCGUAUACCUGACACUUCCAGGCCAUGCUAGGAUGCUGUUACACUAAUCUGUGAGAGAGAGAGACGGAGUUAACUCUAGUCUACUGCCCUGGUAAUAAUGCAGGGGAUUCUCUGGCCCCUGUGUCCCAGUCAGGGUGCCUCUCCUCCAGCCUGCCUGGUGGCCUCUUUCCCCCUGGGGAGCAGAGUGGAGGUAAUGAUGAUGGCCAUAGACCGUGGUGUGCUGGGCAAAGCUAAUCAGAUCUGAUAGUAUAGUCUCACUAAAGCAGAGUAUGAGAAGGGCAAACAAGGGCAGAGUCAAAGAGAGAGACCUCACUGCAGUUCAGCAACCGAAUAACUUCAGCUCACGGUUAAAAAGGGAGCGGAAGUCUCCAGCUAACUAUUGAGUGGAAUACUGUGAUGUGUGUUUGUUCUCUGGGGCAGCGAACUGCCUGUGGUCUCUGCAGUGUGUGCCUCUGUCAGAAUCACUUACAUGGAUGGAUGGAUGGAUGGAUGUGGGUAGGCAAAGAUCAGGUGAAGUGAAUUUUGUGUCAUGUGGUAGUUCCCUGCCCUUUUAUAGUCACCCAAAAACACACUCCCACAGAGAACUCUCCUGUGUGCGUGUGUGUGUCCAGGGCACACGGGGAUCAUCUCCACCCGCCAGUGAAGCUGAGACAGAGAUGCAGACUGACAGUGCUGACUGUGUCUCUAUCGGCCCUGUGUGAGUCAGAGGUCCCCAGACUCCGCCACGGAUGGUGAGGACUGGAGUGGAAUUUUGCUAAGAGGAGUGGACUUCGAUGGCACAGGUUGAAGUGUGCUGCCUCGCAUUGUAACAAUACAGGGUCACUGGUUCAAGCCCCAUUCCGGCUGACUCCUCCCCCUCCACCGCUGCAUUAGUAAUGGGAUAUUUGAUUCCUAAUGGGGGUCUUGGCUACUUUGCAACCCCUUCUCACACUCCAGUUAAUUGCAUUUGCUUUGGUAAUGAGGGAGUCUGAUUGCAUAUCAUGAAUCAUGCGCCACUCUCCCGCCCUUGUGCCCCUUCCACUUGAAUCCCAAAGUUUUUUUUUAAAGAGAGCGGGUCUCCAGUUGGGCUGGUCUGUGAUUCACUGUCAACUUUCCCGUUCAGAGGAAUAAGGCAACCUCCGAGAGCGUUCCACACACUAAAGAACUUUAUUUCCAGAGGACAUAUAUGAGAUGGUUCUGUACAGAGAAGAGAUGUGAAUGAAUAAACCAGAAUCAGUAAUAGCACAAGAGCAAUUAAUAGACUAUAAGGGGAUAGUGACAUCAGCAAAGGACUAAGUAACACAUAGCAUCAACUACUAUUAACAACUAGCAAUCGUAACAACCAACAGUAAAUGCACACGUUUCAAUAACAACAUCACUCACCGUUGUCCACUGGGAGAGAGACUGAGGAGGCUCUGACCUGAGCAGGCAGGACUCUCUGGUAUCCUGCCCCCUAGCAACCUAUUGGUGGCCUGAUGGCAGAGGUCACUGGAAGUUUGGGCAGACAGUUUAUGAUCCCCGAGUCUCUGGCACCAUCCGGUGAUGGGUGGAGUGAGCUGCAUGAAAUUAGAAACCUCGCAGGCAGGAAGAUCCAUAACAGGUUUAGUCUGACGAUUUCCAUCCCAAAGCUCUUCAUACCUGAGUAGUAGUAUUAUAAUCACCUCUCCUUCUAAUGAGCUACUCAUCCUCAAGUACACCUGUGAGAUUGAACACCACCUCGUGCUGUGAUGGGCCUGGUGGUGACAUAACUACCAGACCGGCUCGUUUGGUGGCAAUCAGCCACCGACCUAUAAGCCUAAGGUAAUGAAAUCAAACGCUAUUGUAGAAAGAGAGAGGCCUACACUCGCCUCGAACAUGUAACCGUGUCAUUACCGAUGGAUAAUGGCUAUUGUGGUCGACACGCUCCGUCGCCCACAGGAAUCUAGGUCUGCCUAGCCCUGCUGAGCGGUGCGGCAGUUGGUGAGUGCGCCAUGCAUUCUGAAGGCAAUUAGCGCACAGAAAGCCACCUUGAACAUUCACAGAUGCACCAUUCCAAUGGGGGAAAAAAGAAGCAAAUUAAUGAGGCAAAACCGUUUCAUUCUUUAUAGUCGGAGAGACCACAGAGAGCAGAUGUUUGAUUUUCUCCUGGUCCCAGAAUGGUGAGGUGAAUAUAUGGUGUGCAGCAAUGUUCCCUCCAUUUUUUUUUUCCGUCACUGAGCAAAUUUCAGGUCUGCUGAACGCAAACAUUGAAAGUCCUGUACAACUUCCAGGGGGUUUACUGUGAACACUGAGGCUGUACCCUCUUUAAGUUACAGUUUUAACAGUGGCCAAAUAGGCUACUUGAUCAUAAUGUUGGCCGACCAGAGAGGACUGGCGUAAAAAACUAUGGAGAAAAUGCAUCCCGUAACAUUUUUUUUACAUGGAAAUAGCUGUUCUAUCAUUCAGCCGACAGCAGCAGCCUAUGUGUGGUGUUCAAUGUCGGCCUACAUUCCAUGAGACUUUUGGGGAAAAAAACACGCAGGGCUUGACAUUAACCUGUUUUAUCCACUUGUUGUUCAGACAAGGUGAUUGAAAAUGCUGCUGUGUUGUUUGAUGCACGUAACCACUUUACAAAAUCAAAUGCAUUAUUAUUCUCCUACCAUUACUACAGAGAAUCAGACGAAUUAUGCUACACUCUGCCUAUUGGCUACUUAGAUCAUUCAAACCUGUCUCAAAAUACAACACUGCCCCUUUAAGACCAAAACAAAAGCUCUUUAACUGACUGGCUUUUCAAAGGUGUCUAGAAAUGUACACGUUUUGUGCUCUUGUAGGAAGCAAUCACUCCCCUAUUGCUGACUAUAAAUAAUCUAUAACUGGGCUAAUAGUUAGUGAAUUAUCAGAGGAUAUGAACAAAUGUACAUGUGGCUUCAUGCAGCUCUUGCUUUGAUCUCACAAGUUCAUCUACUCAUGACCGCUCAUGCUGUAAACGCAGUCCAGUUCAAAGUAAACGGCACAGAUCCAUAUAUGGCAAUAGUCUAUUUGCAUAUAGGCCUACUGCAACUCUGAUUGUUUAUGCUGCACCAUACGGGCUGAGUGUCGCUGUCAAUGCAAUAGAAUCUUACUCCGAUGUGUUCUGCCUACAACAAUCUCUUGCAUAGUUCAUUUUGUUUCAGUAUGUUUCAUUGAAAGUGGCUAAUGUUGAGUCAAUAGUGUUAACAGGGAAACUCUAGAACAGUGGUCUGCAACCUUUUCUGAGUCAAGAUCAAAAUGCAAGCUGAGAUCUACCGCUUAAAUUUGAUUUUAACAUGACUUAAAAAACGUAAGCCUAUGCAACAUUAACCAAUUAAAACAGUACUGUAGCAGAGGUUUGUGCAGAAAGCUAUAAGCCCAAUACAUUAUCACUGCAUAUUGGCUUUGCUUGAAUUGCCCUGCCAGUGUAUUGUUCUUCCGAACAUUUUUUUAAAUAAUAGUUUUUUGUUUUUUAAUUAGGUAGGCUAUAUGAUCACACUGGUAAUAGAUCCAUUGUUGUAUUACUUGUGCGGCACAGCUGAGUGAGCAUACAUUUCAAUAAUUUGCUUUUUAUUUUAAUUUUUCUGGGCUGACGGUGCCUGCAUCCCUCCUCUCUCUCUCCUCCACUGACACUGACCAAAAAGGGACAAUGUCUUCCAGCUGACGACAACUCCAGUCGCACACGGCAUUAUUUCUGCCUCAUGCACAAAUUCAUUUUGUUACUCCUAUGAACAGAGAAAGUUAAAUAUUCCUUGAUAUUAAAAAAGACCCAAUCCAACUAAUAAUAACGCAAGCCUAUUAAUA